CCUGUAUGGAGUGGAAGGCCAAUUGGAAACUUUCUAGACCUCUCCCCUGCUAGUCCCACACCCCCAGUUCAGUGGUUUGUGACUGCCUUUGGAAGGUUUGGUUGCCACUUUGACCCGAAAUGAACGGCACAUGUUGUAACUUCUGGUGUUUUUCAGGAGCGUAGAUGCAGACCGCUUAUUUGUACGACCUUUGCAGGUGGCUGGGGGAAGACUUCUAACUCAGUGAGCAAUGAAAUCUCCCGAAGUCUCCAGCACAUGGCUCAUCAGCAACAGUUGGGGCAUUUGAGUACAGUUGAUGACUGGCCGGGCCGGGCCUCCUUCGACAACUCCCCUUCGCUCGAGGUCCGUGCAGGCCUUGCGUGAGCACCUGGAGCGCCAGGGCGCCGAGCUCACGCGCCUGCGCGUGGCGGCCGUGGACGGUUCCUCCCACGCGCGCGAGGAGCGUGGUGUUUUCGCGGCUUCUGCCAUCAGCACGGGGGAGGUGUUGGCGCAGGUGCCACAGAGCUGCGUUUGGAGCGCUGCUUCUGCCCGGCAAAGUGCCUAUGGCCAGGCUUUUGCAGAGGUCUUUCCAGAGGGCAAGGAUAAGAUGGUCUUCCUGCUGGAUUUGAUGGCUGCCAGGUUAGAUGAGAAGCACCCGAGGCACGCCUAUGCCUCGGCGCUGCCCAAGCAGCCACCCACACCAAUGGCCUGGCCGGAGAACUUGCGUACCAUGCUCUCGGGCACAAAUUUGGGUGCCGCUGUGGCAGAGGAGCGUGAGGAGUUGGAGAAGGACUUUGCCUCCGUCAUGCCUAAAUUGCAAAGUGCACGGCCCGAGCUUUUCAGCAAGGACUUCACCUUUGAGGUCUUCCUUUGGGCGCACGGCAUGUGGUUCUCCCGGCGGUAUCCCACGGCCCUCGGGGCCAUCGACCAGCCGAAGGACUAUCGCUGGCAGCGUUCCUCCGAGGAGGAGAUGGAAGAGGAGUCCGACGGCGAGGGCGUGCUGGUCCCGUUCAUGGAUUUCACCAAUCACCGCAGCGGCACCAAGAUCGUGUGGCAGGCGGAUGUGGAGAAAGUGAGUUUCAUCACCAACGAGGGCGUCCCAGCCGCAGCGGAGGUGUUCAACCACUAUGGCGACAAGAGCAACGAGGACCUCAUGCUGAUCCACGGCUUUGCCUUGCUCGACAACCUCUAUGACACCUAUGGCUUGUGGCUCACGGUGAAAGUCUCGGACGAACCCACUGCGAAGCGCCGGCGCAGGGCGGUGCGCACGGAGCGCUUGGGGCCUUUUCACUUGCGCCGCAGCGACGCCAGGUGGAAGGAGUUCCCCAGUGAGUUGUGGCAGGCGCUCUCGGCGGGUUCGGCCGGCAAUGAGCAUUUGAGAUCCCUGAGCCAGCUCCUACGAGAGCGGCUCGAGGACUUCCAAGCCACGCAGACAAGGGACCGACACUUCGCGGCUGGAGGUGCUGCGGAGGCAGGCGAUGUGGACGUGCGCAUCAGGUACAUUGCGCGCUACCGCGAUGGACAGCGGCAGGUGCUGCAGGAUUGUACCAAGGCGUUGGAGGAGAUGCUGGCGAAGGUGUCGCAAGAGGCGGCGCCAGCAGAAGCGGCGCCGGUUUCAGCGCUGCCCGAGUAGGG